GCGUUACAAAAAAAAAAAAAAAUGUCAAGGAAGUGAGGUCGGGCGUGUGCUUGUGGUCGGAUGGAGCAGCAGCAGCAGGAGCAGCAGCAGCUAAGGAACUUGCGGGACUUCCUGUUGGUCUACAAUCGGAUGACAGAACUCUGCUUCCAGCGCUGCGUGCCCAGCCUGCACCACCGAGCUCUGGAUGCUGAGGAGGAGGCCUGUCUGCACAGCUGUGCUGGGAAGCUGAUCCAUUCCAACCACCGCCUCAUGGCCGCUUAUGUGCAGCUCAUGCCUGCCUUGGUGCAGCGCCGCAUCGCAGACUACGAGGCUGCCUCAGCAGUGCCAGGUGUUGCUGAACAGCCUGGAAACUCACCAUCAGGCAGCUAGCCGUCCCCAGGACCCGGAAGGGAGGCACUGGAUGGACCCUCACAUUGAAGGAGCUCGUGGACCUGGGGCUGGGUGCAGCCUGUAUAUACAGAGUGAGGGGUUGCCUGAGAGCUGGGUAUUGUUGCUCCUUUUCCUGGAGUAAUAAACCCACUUUUAUUCUGUUUGGUUUAUGUUCUGGGCAGGGACGCUUUGCCCACUUUAUUAUGUCAGUGCAUAUCUGCUGGCUUCAACCCUAGCAACAGAGAAAUUGCCUUCUUUGUGUAGAAGGAAAACCUCAGCAUUCAUUCCUAGGCACCUGGUUAAAGCAAGGUCUGUGUGUACAGUUUUAAGGUUGGUGAUAGCAACAGGAGGUGGUUUUUGGCCAGAUGACAAGGACGUGGGAACUCUGUCCAGCUGCCAUUAACUUAAAUCUGUCUGACUGUAAUGGCUCACUUGUGAGUAAGGUAUGCAUUCAUUCAUAACUUAGUGUGUGUGUGUGUGUGUGUGCAUACUGUGUCUUAAAGAAGGAAUCUGCCAUAUUUAGGGAAAGAAGAUAGCUAAGGACAACAGAUCCAGAAAUCACAGGGUUUUUAGGGACUCCUUCCUUAUAAAGUCAGCAGCUCCAGAACAGAUGAAAUUUGUAAGAAUUCCAGGGUGUCUUGAAACUAACCAUUUCUCCAAGUUGUCACAUUUUUACUAUUUUCUGUCUUCCUGAAUGGAUCAGUGAAACCUUUAAGCAAAGAAGGUCUUUGUGCUUGUUUUCAGGGGCAGUCAGAAAGAGGGAAACUUGGGGGACCAAAUUCUGCAAUAUGGUCAGACUUAGAGAAAGAAACCCAAAGAGACGUAGAUGGUGAUGAUUAUGGAAAAGAAGGGAUAAAGCAAAAUCUUUGGGGCCUCUUUAAUGUUACUUUAAUAUCUCACUGCUUAUUUAUAAUCUCCUAAUUCCAGUUCUCCACCCUCUACCCCAUAUUGUUCCCACUGUGCCUGUUUUGUGAAUUUUUUAAAGGUUUUAUUUAUUUAUUUUUAAGAGGGAGAGGAAGGGAGGGAGAAAGAGAGGGAGAGAAACAUCAGUGUGUGGUUGCCUCUCAAGGGCCCCCUACUGGGGGCCUGGCCUGCAACCCAGGCAUGUGCCCCGACUGGGAAUCAAACCGGUGACCCUUUGGCUCACAGGCCUGCACUCAAACCACUGAGCUACACCAGCUGGGGCUGUGAUUUCUAAUUCUAGCCUAUCCAUUGUUUUUAUUGCCCACCCCCUUUGUGGAAUUUACUUGUGCAUUCAGCAGUGUGAAUGACCUACCACUCCACUCCAUUUUCUUGCUGCCAUUGUGUCUUUUUUUAUAUUAUUCCAGCUGUUUAAUCUUUUCUGUUACUCCAUUCAAACUGCUAGAGAAAUACAGAGUUGUAUAAUGAAUGCCACUACAUAUUUAAGGUUUGCAACUUCAGUCAAGCUCUCAUUACCAAUGAACAGCAAUUUGUGGGUUCCUAGUCUGUUCACUGUCCUUGAUUACCACGAUGGUUAUUUACAUCUUCACUGCUCUCCUAAUCCCCUUCCUCACUCCCAGUGACCGUGUUUCAUUUUUACAGAGGAUAUGGAAGCUCUUAGACAUUGGUUCCCAUGAUAAUAAAAAUGACUUCUUACAACCACCCACAAAGUACACAGUUUUUUCCCUUGUUCAGAUCAGAAGAUUGAAGUUCUCUAAUAGCAGAUCCUGUAUUAAAAUACAGAUCUGACUUUAAAAUCCAUGGUUUUUUUUACUGUACCAGGCUACCUCUCAAAAUAAUAUCUAUUGAGCCCCUACUUUGUAUAGGUUCUGGUGUUGGUAUGUGUCAUGCUUUACUUUAGUCUUUAUAACAACUACAACUAAGAGGUGUUAUACCCCACUUAACAGAUGAUGAAGCAAGAAUCCAGAAUAUACUAAAAGCAUAUCUUACACAAUUACCUGUUGAGUGAAGUGGUUCCAAUUAGCUUUUUGCCUUGUUAGCUGCUAUCUUUUAAACAAACUGAAUAGAAAGUUUUAUUAAAAAGUAAAAGUUGCUUACUAGGAACUUCCUUACCAAGUGGCUUCAUGUCUGCCCAAUAUAAUUCUUUCUUUGGAAAGUAUAAAUGCAGGUAAAACAGCUCGUGAACUUCCCAAUUUCCAGAGACAGGGAAAUGGGUACCCAGAAUAUUAUGCUGCUGGUGGAAGGAUUUUUCCAUAUCAACAUUUUUGGGUGUCUUUGUAGUAAACUUCCAGAUGAUUGUGAAUUAUCUGUGUUUCCAUACCACGUAAUUAGUAAUGAUUCCAGAUGGGCUAGGAACAUAUUUGAACUUCGAGAACUUCUGUUUGCUUACUCAUCUGUACCAAACCUGUCCUCAGGCAUGGAAAGACAAAUGUUCCUUCAGUCUGAUUCAUCAAUUAGUCCCUUUCUUAAAUUUCCAAUUUCUGUCCUGGUUCUUUUCUCUUUAUAUUUAGAAUGUUGGUCUUACUAUCCAUCUCCCAUCUGCUGAAGUCUCCCUCAGGUCUUGUCAUAAACCAGCAGCCAUUGACUUAAUGAGAGCAUAUGAUGUUUCAAUCACAAUGAAAAUAAAUGUUGACAAAACUAUCCCUUUAUCAGAGACAUAUUGGAGACAGGGUUAGUGUUUCUGCCAUUGUGGCUUCAUAAAAUAACUGUCCACUUCUUUGCAAAGUCUAAUUCGUUUGAGGCUAUUCAAGUAUACCAUCUUCUCAUUAUUUAGUAACUACCAUUCUCAUUACUUAGUAACUACCACCCUCCUACUUUCCUCUAAGUACCUAGCCCUUGGUCUUCCUGUCCACUCUGAUACUUAAUGUUUAUUUGCACACUUCAUUCAGUAUUUUGGUCUCUUAGUUCUUUGACACAAUCUCCAAUGAUUUCUACUUUCUUAGAUACCCACUCCUAUAGUUCUAUCCUGGCCAUUGUCUUCACCCCAAACUGCUCUAUAACCUUCAAAACACUACUACUUACAUUUUAUUCACUGAUCAUAUUCCCUCCACUUUAUUUAACAAUUCCUCUGAUACCAUUUUUAUUUCACUGGCAACAGUCAGGCUAUUGCUUCUACCUUUUCUUUAGAUUUAAAGUCUAGUGAUUCUCUUGGAAUAGGUUGCAUUUCUUUACCUCUCAUCUCUUGUCUCUUGGACACUUAGGUAAAAUGAAACAUUUGUCUGUGCCUGCAUUUGGACAGCCAAAGGCCACCCGAGGAAACAACUAUAAAGCAGAUUCAUAUCACUGUGAAUUCGUGGUUAGCAAUUUCAGAUGGAGUCUGGGCCCCAAAAUCCCACUGGGUUUUUCUAAUCAUCUCUCCUGCUUGGUGCAAUGAGUAUUUCAAACCAAUAUUCUCAAGCCCCUUAUUGGCCCUCCCUCACCUCCAUCACCAUCAUUCUCUUCACUUUCUGCAGGCUAUUUAUUUCUUCAUAGACAAAAGUAGAAGCUGUCAGUUGAGAACUUACACAACAAUCUGGUCACCACCUAAUCCACAUCAUUCUCUUCUGUCUAAACAGGGCAAGCAUUUUUAAGGCCAAUGCUUAUUUCUGUGACCUGAAUCCUAGUCCUUCCUUUUUUGGAAAUCCCCAACUUUUUACCACUUUACUAAAUUCUCAUCAGAGUUUAAACAUGCUAAAGUCUCCCAUGUUAGACAAAAUAAAUCAUUCUGUAUCUCAUUUCCCCUUCAGCUACCGUCCUAAUUUUUCCACUUUAUACUAAAAACAGUUGGAUACUUCUGCCCUCUCCAUCCCAUUCCUCCACCCAAUCUGAUUUUGACUUCUACAAGCUUUAUCCUCUUGAAAUGGUUCUUCCCGAGGUUAUACUCACCAGGCGACCUUCAUGUUUCAAAACCCAGUGGUUAUUUCCCAGCCCUCAACUUCUCAGUAGCAUCUGGUGUAUUGACUAGUUUCUCAACAGUCUUCCAUUAGCAUCUGCAACUCCACUCACACAUGCUUUUACUACUACCUCUUUGACCACAGCUUGUUAGCCUCUUUUGCAGGCUCACUCACCUUGAGCCUUUAAAUCUGUUUCUCUAGGUCUUGUUCUUUCUCAGUCUAUUUUUUCUAGGAGUGUUUCAUCCCCACUCUGAGAUUUGGUUACUGAUGACUCCCAGAGCUCUCCUGUGAGAUUGACAUCUCCACUUAGGUUUCUCAAAAACAUCCUCAACUCAACAUGUUUCCUCAUAAACUUUCCUCCUACAUCUGGAGGAAUACUUUCCUCCAGUUGCAGAAGCUAGAAACCACUCAUCCCUUUGCUCAAAAGCCAAAUCCUAGCAGUUUACAUUUCUAAAUAUCCAUUAAUUCUGUCUGCUUUUCUUCAUCUUCACAAUCUCCCAUAAGGAUUAUUGCAAUGGCUGCUUCUUCCCAUAUUUACUUUUGCACCCCUCCAAUCUGUUCCCCAUUCAUAGGCCAGAAAACACAACCUGAUUUUUAAAACUUCACAAUGGUUUCCCAUUCUUAGGACAAAAACUGGCAUUCUAUACAUGAUUUACAAGGCCCCAUACAUGAUCCAGCUCUUGCCUAACUCAGUUUUAUCUUGCUAAUGACUCAAACAAUGGACUGUCAGUACUGUUUGUUGAAGUGAGCUGAACCACACCUCUGUCUCUCACUCCCUCUCUCUUAUCUAAUCACACUGGCUUUUCGAUUCCUCUAACCUGUCAUACACUUCCAUCUCAGGGCCUUUGUACCUGCUGUUUCUUGACUUGCAAUGCUUUCUCUCUACCUACUAAACUACUCAUCCUUGAGUGCUUAAUUCAAACACUCUCCUCAAACAACUCUUUCCAGAAUCCGGUUCCCAUAAUUCCUUGUGUUUUGAGCAUGUAGCACUUCUAACAGUGGGUUGUGAGGUUAGAGUCCAUGUCUAUAUUGUUCACCAUUGCAUUCUUAUCACAGUGCCUGGCAAAUGACAUGUGCUUGAAACUUAUUUGUUGAAUGAACAUUUUCCAGUCUCCUCCCAGCUCAAUCUACUAUUCACAUAACAAAAAGAGGACUUUUUAUGAAAAGAGACAGAAGUGAAUCUGUACUUAGUCUUUGCUGUUUCUCUGCCAUAGUACUAUCACAUAUAUUGUUUACUCAGUCUGUUAUUUUUGUCCUCCACUGGAAUGUAAGCUCCAUAAAUCAGUUUUUGUCAAUGUUAUCAUUUUAAACACUGAUGUAACCACCUAAAAUAGUGUCCAUCACAGAUGAUGCUCAGUAAGUAGUUCUUGAGUAAAUGAAGGCACAAGAGAAUAGUUCCAGAGCAAAGGUCUAGAGCUUGGCUUUAGAGAAAGAAGGAGCACCACUUACUGGUAACAAAGGAAGGAGGAAUGGAUGAAAGUAGAUCUAAAUAGUUUUUGAUUUGGUUUUGGGAGAUUGAGAGAGUUUCUUUAAAAUCGCAUGUGUGAUAGUUUUAUGUGUCAACUUGUGUAGGUUACAGUACCGCAUUAUUUAAUCAAACACUAAUGACAAUACCUAAACACUAAUCAAACACUAAACACAAGACCGAAAACUCUAGGUAUUUGCUGUGAAGGUAUUUUAUAGAUGUUAACAUCUGCAAUCAGUUAACUUUAAUAAAAGAAAUAAUCCUUAAUGUGGGUGGGCUUCAUCCAAUUAGUUGAAGUCCUUACAAGCAAAAACUGAGAUUUCCCUGAGAAGAAAUUCUGCCUCAAGACUAAGAUGUUAACUUCUGCCCGAGUUUCUAGCAUGCUGACCUACCCUACAGGUUUUGGACUUGCCAGCUCCAAACAAUUGUAUGAGGAAAUUCCUUAAAAUAAAUUUAUGUAUAUAUAUAUAUAUAUAUAUAUAUAUAUAUAUAUAUACACACACACACACACAAUUCUGUAUCCUAUUAGUUUUGUUUCUCUGGAGAACCCUCAUUGAUAUAACAUCUAUUUUUUUAAAUAGGUGAAGUUAUCAGAAAGUAAAGUAGAAGAAAGUGGAAGAUGAGAGAGUCCAGGAGGUUUGAAAUAAUCUUUGCACGGAAUGGAAGGGUGAACUGACAGAAAAGAAACAAUUAGAUUUUUAGGCCCUGUUGAGGACUCAGUAGAGGUUACUGAACAGAAUUUCCCUCUGUCCUUAUCCAUCUGGAAAACUUAUGUUAAGGCCUUAAACUUUAAAGUCCACUGUAAUUCUGUGACUCUUCUUUGUCCUUUCCACGAAGGGUUGCCCAUGUCCUUAUUUAUGCUGUCACUGAACCCUGGUAUAGCUUGUUCACCAUUAUGUCAACAGCAUUUUGUAGAGUGCCAUGAAAAACAACAAAAACACAUAGCUAAUACAAAUCAAUUACCUCAAGUGCUUAUUAUCCACCAGGCUCUAUUCUGAGCAUUUUAUACACUAAUUCAUUUAAUCCUCACAACAACAAUACAAGGUAGAUACUAAUAUCUUCAUUUUACAAAAAAAAAAAAAAAAAAAAAGCAGGUAAAAUACCCCACAACUAGAAAGUAGUGAAGUCAGGUGUUCAAUCCAGGCAGUCUGACUCAAAUCUGUCCUCUUUCUCACUUAGAAAGAUUGCUAUACAUGUAAGCACUUGUCCCACAAAUAUUCUCUGAUUACCUACUCAUGGUGCCUAGCACAGGGGAUGGGGAGAGAACACAGAGCCAUCAGAAUCUGCCACCAUGGAGCUUAUGUUUCUAGUCAGGGGAAAUGGACAAGCAAUAUAAAU